AGGUUGAACGACAGCCACGAACAACAAAGAGCCUCCACUGCCUGACUUGUCCAUCCUCUUACAGUGCCACAGGACGACCGAGUUGCGGGAGACUUAAGCUUUGCAUCCACUACUUCAUUUUGCGCAAGAGUUGUAUGCAAUCGGCUCAUCUGUCAAAUUAGCGUUCCACGCAGCCACUGCAUCGCCAACCUCGUCGUCUUACUGGAUCCGAUUCCAUUCUCCACUCUCGGAGGCGGGGCUCGCUGGGCACCAACCGCCGACACGACCGAUCCCGCACACUUACUUCCAUCUACACAUAACUGUGUUAUCUUUCUUUGCGAGCGCCGUUGGUUUUCCGAUACCAUAAAAGUGACGAUUAUUCACGAUGGCGCCCUCGGAGUUUCAACGCGCACAGCAGGGUGGACAGCGCAGUGCCGGUGGCGUCUCGCGGGGCACAGGACGGCAAGAUACGCCAUCGCCCCAGCGUCGCAAUGACGAGUCGUGGGUCGAAGUAUCCUCGCAACCAUCGUCUUCAUCGUUAUCAUCCAUUGGGGAUGAGAUCGUGACAACAGGACUCAGAGUUGGCAAUACCUCGUACCCGUCCAGGCGGAGACGCUCCCAACAACAGCAACCCAUGCCUGCGUCGUUCAUUGUCGGUCAUCCCGCAACUCAAGGAGGCGCAACCAGCAGUCAGGAAGAAUACGAUGAGACAGAGAGCGAGGAGGACCGUGUCAUGACCAGCUCCACCGAAGCGAUACACCCAUCCGCCAACCUUUUCCGCAACCAGACGACCGUGAGGGCGUCCGCUGUGGUGGAUACCGACUCGGACAGCGACGAUGACGAGAAUGCGACUGCCCUCGGCCGACCAUCCAACUCCCCGGUCUUCCAGCCGCAACCAAAUGCCUUCUCCCACCCCCCGUCUCAUCUGAACCACCGACACUCAACCGGCGCUGUACCCUCUUACAACCACUCCUUCCCGUCACGCCCUGCGAUGCAGAGCCGGGCGCAUACCCGCUCCCACCGAGGCCCACCGAACUACAUGUCCCCAGCCUACCAAGCCGACAAUGACGCCGCUUUGCGCGCCUCGCUCACAACCCUCCUCUCGUGCGCCGCCGCAGCCCGCGGCCUCCCUAAACAAGAUGAACGGCGCAACGCCGCCGGCGUCGUGCCAAGCUCCCAGCCAAUGGAACUCCGCCUGGUCCCAGAAUCAGAGCUCAUGGCCGACACUUCGCCGCCACCAGCACCAACCAGCAGCCCGGCCAGCAGAGGAGCCAACAAGCCCGGCCAGCAGGCGCGGACGGCAUCGAACUCGUCGGCCCCGAGCGCCGCGCCCUCUUCCAGCUCGGGCCGGUCGCAGCAAGUUAAACAAGACCACCAAGACCACCAUCCGGAAAAGACCAAGCGCACAGCAGCGACCCAAGCCCGACAGCCCGCGCGCGCCGCCAAGAAGAAGCGGACCAGCGAGCCAGCCAUCAUCACCACCACCGACGAGACAGAUAACAACACAUCGCAACAAACAUUCUUCACCGUCAGCCCGACGCUGCUAACCUGGUUCGUCAGCGCCGGCGUCGUCGUGCUCGUUUCCGUCGUCGGCUUCGGAGCAGGUUACGUCAUUGGCAGGGAAGUCGGCCGGCAGGAGAGCGUCGCGUCCUCGUUGUCGGGCGGCGGCGGGUUUGGGGCUGCCGGCUCGAACGCGUCCGCUGCCGCCGCGGCAGGGUGCGGAAGCGAGAUGGUCAGGGCCAGCGGCGGUGGUGCAGGAGCCGUCUCCGGCGGGACGCUGAGGCGGAUCCGGUGGGGAGGGGUUGGCAAGAGCGUCACUGCUUGAGCAAUAGGGGGGCGCCGCGGCUCUCAUUUCCGCGUCAACAACAAGGGGGAAGUCUGGUGAAAGCGAAGUGGUUUCUAAUGGGUAUCGUGAUUACGUAGGGGAAUGAAGGCGAGACAUGGUUUAGGGGUUUGGGUGGAAUGGCAUGAACGGGCGGCAUUGGGAUGGGUUACGAAGCAUGUCGUUACGAUGGGACGACGACAGGAGGGAUGUUUUGGGUUUCGAGCUUUGGGCUCUGGUUUUUGUGUCACUUGCAUCUAUCUGCCACUUAUUCGCCACAUUUUCCUUUGUUCCGGCUGGAUCGGGUUGCGGCCGAUUUUGAUUUUCGUCAGGUAGUGGGUGAGAACGGGGGCUUUUGCUCUUCUUGAUUCUUCGAGAUAACCAUGAUUUUCAGAUGGUCUAGUAGCAACAGAAUACCACAAAUCGUAGUUUCAUGGCCUCGCACUUUGCACACAAGAUGCGGCCAACACAGCCCACACUUUCAAACUGGCAGAGAGAAAUCU